GUGGCUGUGAAAUGGUGAUUGCUACACCAGGUCGUUUAAUAGAUUUCUUAGAUAAAGGCACCUUAAAUUUGAAACGUUGCACCUAUCUAGUACUUGAUGAAGCUGAUAGAAUGCUAGAUUUAGGCUUUGAGCCUCAAAUACGCAAAAUCAUGAGCCAUAUUAGACCGGAUAGACAAGUCCUUAUGUGGUCAGCAACUUGGCCUAAUGACGUUCAAAAACUAGCCAAGGAUUUCCUGCAGAAGUUUACACAUUUGAAUGUCGGUUCUUUAGAACUAUCAGCAAAUCAUAAUAUUGUACAAAUUGUUGAUGUUUGUGCUGAGCAUGAGAAGGAUUUAAAGCUGAAGACAUUGUUGAGGGAAAUUUCAUUGGAGAAAGAAAACAAGACCAUCAUUUUUGUGAAGACUAAGAAGAAGGUUGAUGAGAUCACUAAAGCCAUUAUGAAACAAGGAUUGUUUGCUGCCAGUAUCCAUGGUGGUAAAAGCCAACAAGAUCGCGAUCAUGUUCUAUCAGCCUUCCGUUGCGGCCGCAAUAAGAUUUUAGUGGCAACUGAUGUUGCUGCUAGGGGUCUCGAUGUAGAAGAUGUAAAGUUUGUGAUAAACUUUGAUUUUCCAAACUCAUCAGAAAAUUACAUUCAUCGCAUCGGACGCACAGGCAGGAAUAAGCAAAGUGGAACUUCCUAUGCCUUUUUCACUCAACAAAAUGCAAGACAUGCUAAGGAAUUAAUUGAUGUUUUGCAAGAAGCUAGACAAGUAGUGAAUCCAAAGCUUAGUGAAAUGGCUCGCAAGACGUUUGGCAAAGAUUCAAAGUAUAAAGCAAAGAAUAAUACACACAUAUACAACGAAGCUCCAACCAACAAUGGUUAUAGUGCUAGGACUUAUAACAAUGUAGCACCAACUGCUAAUAAUUAUAACAAUUAUGGUAAUAGUAAUUUUGGGAGCAAUAUGACAAAUGGUACAGUUGCAACUGCCAAUACAGCCAGGCCGAUUGGUUUGCUGGGCUAUGAAACUACUGAGAAAAAUCAGUAUUCAGUGCCUCCGCCUAGUUUCCAGCAACAGCAGCAGCAGCAGCAACCACAAUAUCAACAAUCUCAUUAUCAACAACCGCAAAACCAACAUCAAUCUUACCAAUACCAAGGGUAUUAUUAGAAUAAAAUUGGACAGGGAAAAUUUGUUUCAUAUCAUCUCAUUUUUCAUUAACACACUAGCAUCUCAUUUUAUUACAUGACCAAAAAUAAACUAAUAUAAUCUGCAUGUAUACGUGACACGAUUAGGAAAUUUUAAUGUGUGCAAGAUAUAAUUUAUCUUGCCAUAAAUGUAUUAUCUCAAAUUAUGUGAUAUAGAUUUGAAA